ACCUUCGAGUCCUGCCCACGCGCAUGCGCAUUUCAGCGCAAACCAAAGCAGGCGAAAAAGAGCGACGGAGGAGACGCAGAGGGAGACUUUGGCCCUUUCGGCUGAGCUUUUCGUGUGGAUUUGGGUCUACAGACGCGUCAAAUUCAAAAAUGACCAGGGGAAAUCAACGUGAGCUUGCACGCCAAAAGAAUGCCAAGAAGGCGAAUGACAGCGGCAAAGGGAAGAGGGGCGAUGACGGGCUGUCGGCUGCUGCUCGGAAGCAGAGGGAUGCUGAAAUAAUGCAGCAAAAGCAGAAAAAGUCGGGCGGCCCCGAUGGAGGAAAAGAACCCCCAAAGUCCAAGUGAAGAUCCAGAGUCAAGACAUCCAUUCAUUUGUCUCCACCUCUUCCUGAUUCUCCAGACUCCACCUUCAUUCCAACGGAUCUUAAAUUCUCUCCUUGGGGAAAAAUGGCAGUGGGAUCUUUUUCUUCGGGGAAAUUGGGAAUACGCCGCGUGCAUGCAGAGGAGCAUUGGUGGUUUUUAGCAGCAGGAGAAAGUUGAACUAUUGUCCACACUAUUGUUGUGCUUUCUUUUCUUGUACAAAAUACUUUCUCCUGAUGAGGCUUUGAAAUAAAGUAUACAUCUUUUUAGGUCAUUCUCA